CAUUGCACUCUCUUUUUUCCUCGAAUUUCUUUUUCGUCGAUAUUUCACGUCUUGAGUCAAACUUUAAGCUUCGCUUGACUCAUAUUAAUGUGGUUGAAUCUGUAUAUGUACAUGUGCAUAUGAUUGUAUUGCUUCCUUUGGAAGUAGCUCAGCUGUAUGAGGUCUUGAAUUGUGAACUGGGACUCCAUUUGUUGUUUAAUUUUUGUUCUCUUAUUUUUUUCUUUCACAGUCUAUUGUUGCAAGGCCAAUUGACGUUAAAUACAAUGGCUUUGGCAAGAAGAGCGUAUCAUGCUGGUAGUUGGUACACGGAGAAUGGUUGUGAAUUGGACAAACAAUUGGGAGACUGGUUAAAUGCAGCUGAUUUGACUCAUGGACCAGCACGAGCUAUUAUAUCACCUCAUGCUGGCUAUAGCUAUUGUGGAGCUUGUGCUGCAUUUGCUUAUCGUCAAAUUAGCCCUGUCGUUGUCCGCAAGAUAUUCAUCUUAGGUCCAUCUCAUCAUGUUAGAUUAUCUGGCUGUGCUCUUUCGCAAGCUACUGUUUACAAAACACCCCUGUAUGAUUUACAUAUUGACCAACGAAUGAACAAGGAAUUAAUGAACACUGGACAUUUUGAAUGGAUGGAUAUGAAUACAGAUGAAGAUGAGCAUAGUAUUGAAAUGCAACUUCCAUAUAUUGCUAAGGUGAUGGAAGAUUUCAAAGACUCAUUUACUAUUAUACCCAUACUUGUUGGAUCAAUUAGUCCUGAGCGAGAGGCUAUGUAUGGUAAAUUGUUGGCACCUUAUAUGGCUGAUCCUGAAACUUUGUUUGUUAUUUCUUCUGACUUCUGUCAUUGGGGACAACGGUUUCGUUAUACUUAUUAUGACAGAUCUUGUGGUGCUAUACAUAAGUCUAUUAAAAAUCUUGAUAAAAUGGGGAUGGAUAUUAUAGAAAAUUUGAAUCCUCAGGCAUUUACAGAUUACUUACGAAAAUAUAGCAAUACUAUAUGCGGCAGACAUCCAAUUGCAGUAUUAUUGCAGGUGAUACAAAGUCUCAAAGAAACUACUAAUGGUCAAGGAAUAACACUGAGAUUUCUAAAAUAUGCUCAAAGCAGUGAGUGCAAACAUAUGAACGAUAGUUCGGUCAGUUACGCUAGUGCUUCAUUGGUGCUUGAGUGAUAAUGAAGCAAAAU